AUAACUAUAAGCAAAUACAUAUUAAAUAUUUCAUUAAACAAAGAUGUUCCUUUAGAUUGACAACUAUCUUUCCAAGAUAGUGCAAGUCCUAUUAUGGAAGAAGUUACUUUUUUACAUGAUCAAGUAAUGUUCAUUGCUCCCGUGAUAUCUGUUUUAAUAUUCUGGUUAAUAUUGAGGUCAGUUCUAAGUAAAUAUAAAUAUAAAUUUUUAGUAGAAGGAACUUUAAUAGAGAUAGUUUGAACAAUAAUUCCCGCAAUAAUAUUGGUUUUUAUUGCUUUCCCUUCUUUAAAAUUACUAUACUUGAUGGAUGAAACUAUGGAACCUACUUUAACUAUUAAAGCAGUAGGUCAUCAAUGAUAUUGAAGUUAUGAAUAUUCAGAUUAUGAUGUUAGUGAUUUAGAGUACGAUUCCUACAUGAUUCCUACCUCAGACAUAGAAGAGGGAGAUAAUAGGUUAUUAGAAGUAGAUAACCAAUUAGUUUUACCUAUUCAAACACACGUGAGAAUUUUGGUUACUGGAGCAGAUGUAAUUCACUCUUUUGCUUUACCUUCUUUAGGGGUUAAAUUAGAUGCUGUUCCCGGGAGAUUAAAUCAAACUAAUGUUUUCAUAAAGAGAUCAGGAUUGUUUUAUGGCCAAUGUUCCGAAAUUUGCGGAAGUAAUCAUAGCUUUAUGCCAAUCGCAGUAAGAGGUGUUUCUUUAAAUGGUUUUAUAGAUUGAAUCGAAACUAAAAUUUCGGAAGAAUAA